GGAGCCAAUCAGCUGUCGGGGCGCCGUGAUAAAUCGCAAUGCAUUAUUGAUAAUAAUAAUUACGUCGACAUGCGCGUUUCCACUCGAGGGGGGACAGAUUUUUUUCUCCUUCUCCCCCCACAAAGCGCAAGAAUUUCGCCGGCGACGGACACGGGAGGCAUUUAUUUGGUUUUGUGACUCUUUCGGCCCCCGAUGGUCGCAACCAUGUCGCGGCGCAAGCAAGCCAAACCGCAGCACAUCCACUCCGACGAGCCCGGCUCGCUGGAGACCGGGAUUCCUUGCGACGAUCAAGCAGAGGAGACUGGAAAGGAAGUGAAGCGGUUCAGACUGGACGAGACCAGGGUCUGCAACAAGUGUUGCGCUGAAUUCUUCGAUGAAGCAGAAUUUCUUGAGCAUGAGAAAAAUUGCACUAAACGUCAACAGGUGGUCAUCAUGAAAGAUGGCACUGGGGAAUAUUCACACGGUUCUCCUCAAGGCCUCACCAGUGACCACGAUGAUAGCCAGUCCAGUAGUCACUCCCUAUCAAAUGUUAAUGCAGACCACCUGGAAAGAACCGAGGAGGAGAGCAGCAUGAAUGCAGAUGACUCAGGACAACAUGAUCAUGCAGGGAUGUCCGCUAGCCCUGAGAUGACUUUCCACCCCUCACCCAAAAUGCAAGAUUCAAAUGUCACUCUUGAAACCAUGGCAGACACUAAAGUUGCUGUCUCCCAACAUUCUUCGAGUAAUGAAUCUCUGACCUCAUCACAGGAGGCCAUACAGACCAUUCCAAUGAUCCUGGAACAGUUGGUAUGCCUCCAGCAACAGCAGCUACAGCAAAUCCAGCUCACGGAACAGAUUCGAAUCCAAGUGGCUAUGAUGACUCCACAGGGUCUGCAGUCAUCAGUCGGGGCAGCAAUGGACCCUCUGAAAGCCCUUGGUGCCCAUCUCUCCCAACAGCUGUCUGCUGCAGCAGCUCUGAUAGGAAAAAGGACCGGCAGCCAGAGCCUCUCUAUGGAGACGAUGAAGCAAGGUAAACUACCUCUACCAACUGUCAUCCCUACCUCUCUACCUGGAGGACUGGGUUCAGCGACUUCUAAAACAGACAUUUUGAAGGGCAUUCCAGAUCUGGCCAGCCGUUUACCAGCGCUGCUGCCCCCCCAGUCGCAGAGUGUCAUGGGUUUCCCUAGCACCUUAAACGGUAUCCAACCAGGGAUCGAGUCCUCCAAAAAAGUGAAGUCAAAGAUGCAGAGCCUCCCACCAGAAUCAAAGAAUGGUGACUCGUUAUAUAAGCACAAGUGCAAGUACUGCGGAAAGACCUUCGGCAAUGACAGUGCUCUCCAGAUCCACUUGCGUUCACACACCGGCGAGAGGCCCUUCAAGUGCAACAUCUGUGGAAACCGCUUCACAACCAAAGGAAACCUUAAAGUGCAUUUCCAGCGGCACAAAGACAAGUAUCCAAAUAUUGGCAUGAACCCUCAUCCUGUGCCAGAGCACCUUGACAAUAUUCCCACCAGCAGCGGAAUCCCGUUUGGCAUGUCUAUACCCAUGGAUGAGUCAAACAUGACUGAAACUAAGCCUAUAAUAGGCCAUCCUGCUGCUGGGUUCCACCCAUCUCCUAUACCAGCAUUCAAGACGACCUUUGACAGCUUUGGAGGGGACCCAUUUUCACAGAGGCCCUCCCCAUCAACAAGUGAUGGCUCUCCGUCUGUUUCCUCUGACGUAUUUAGCCAAGAGACAGGAUUGGAUCAGAAUCAAAAGGAUGCUAAAGAACUGUUUGGAGCACUGCACCAUAUGAAUGGUAAUGGUAUUCCAGGAGAACAAAGCUCUGGAACAGCAAAACUUCAGCAAAUGGUGGAUGGUCUGGAAAAGCGCACCAAUGACCCUAAUGAGUGUGUAAUAUGCCAUAGGGUGCUCAGCUGCCAGAGCUCACUCAAGAUGCAUUACCGCACACACACCGGCGAGAGGCCUUACAAGUGCAAAAUCUGUGGCCGAGCAUUCUCCACCAAGGGUAACCUCAAGGCCCAUUAUGGAGUGCACAGGGCUAACACCCCUCUUAAGAUGCAGCACUCGUGUCCCAUCUGCCAGAAGAAGUUCACCAAUGCUGUGGUUCUGCAGCAGCACAUUCGAAUGCACAUGGGUGGGCAGAUUCCCAACACCCCGAUGCCAGAAAACCAGUUUGAAGCAGCAGAGCCAAUAGAGCAAACUCCAACAGAGGAGAAUCCCACGGACACUAAUGGUUUUGAAGCAAGCAUGGAGGAGUGUGAGCCAGAGCUGAACUCCCAGAAGCCAAACGACAGCUUUGACUCCCUCCCAUCUGCCCCCGAGGAACAACCACAGAAGCAUGUGGCCCCCGUUCCGUUUUCCAGCCUGGAUGUUUUGAAGAAUCUCACCUCUGCUCUUGCACUGAAACGACAGAGUAGCACUGCUUCAGAGAGCGAGGGCACGUCCAAAGAAUCCCCAUCAGCUCCCCGAGAGCAGGAAUAUCAGAAUGGCCGCAGUCCUGCUAUUUCUGACUCGGCCAUGUCUUUUCAUUCAUUCUCCCCAUUAAACAGCAACAUGAAUAGUAGCAAGUCUCCAGAGUCCCCUGCUAAUGAGUUUACCUUCAAUGGGCCAAAUCCAGAUUCUGAUGUUGGCACUCAGGAGGGCACUGAGUCAAGUGGGGCCCUCGACCUCACAGCGUCCAGCAACUUUACCCCCAAAGCCAUUAAAGAAGAACCUGGCAUGCCAUUCACAAAUGGAGACUAUGUUCAUAGUAACAUGUCUUUCAUGAGACUACCAUCAAGUCUGGCCAGUUUAGAGAUGAAGAUUCCUUCAGAAAAUCCUUUGGGCCCUCAUGGUUUGUUCAGCUCCCACAUGCCUCAGGGAACAUCCAUGCCCUCGUCCAUCUCCAGCGCACCUCGGCGAUCGACCAAGCAGCACAUGUGUCACGCCUGUGGCAAGAACUUCUCAUCGGCCAGCGCCUUGCAGAUCCAUGAGCGCACUCACACAGGGGAGAAGCCUUUUGCCUGCAACAUCUGUGGCAGGGCUUUCACCACUAAGGGAAAUCUAAAGGUGCAUAUUGGCACUCACAUGUGGAACAACUCAUCACGCCGCGGUCAGCGCCUGUCUCUGGAUAAUCCCAUGGCAUUGAUGGCGAUGAGCGCAGAGGCCAAGAUGUUGCCCGAAAUGAUUCAGGCUCCCAAAGAACUGGGUGCUCCCCCGAUGAACUUUGACCCAUCUCUGUGGAACCAGUAUGCUGCUGCCUUCACUGGUGGCCUGACCAUGAAGACCAAUGAAAUUUCUGUCAUCCAGGGUGGUGGUAUCCCACACCCAGGGAGCCCUGCUGGUGGGCCGCUAAUCGGAUCCACUGGAGGCCUCAUGAAGAUGGAUGGGUCGCACUCUGGCUUGCCGGCCUCGGUGGCCGAAAACAGCUCUGACAGCGUGCCAAAAUCACAGUUCCCACAUUUCAUGGAGGAGGGUAAAAUCGCUGUCAAUUAGGCUUUUCUAGCCACCUGCCAGUUUAUUACCUGAACUCAGUUUUUGAAUGUCUCCCCUUUUUCUCAAUGAGGUACAAUCAAUAUUCAGAGAAAAGCUUGUAAAAUUCUGCUUAGAUUUUCCAGUAAGUUCAUUGCAACUCUUUCUUCUGAUGUGGACGAUUCAAGUGUUACUCUUAGUUGAACUUGGUAUAACUACUGUAGUUGUAUUUUAUUUCAUACAAAUAUAUAUGCGGGUAUUUUUUUUUUUUUCCAUUUGCUGUCUAUCCAGAAGUUUGAAUGUAUAACUUACUUGAAACUGCUUUAAUUCAGACUGUCUUCUUGAUACUGAAGGAUUUUUGACUUUAAUAGGAAAAGUUUCAGGGCAUUACACAAUGUCUGUGUUCAGAAAUGAUGUUGUAGUUAACCGUAUGUGUCUAAUGACUACUUUCCCUCCUAUUGUGUGCCAUAGGUUUUAUGACAUUGUGCAUUUUUUGUAGUGGUAAAUGUCGUCAUGUCUCAUUUUGAAGGGGCUUUGGAUUAGAGUUACAUAUUAUUACUGUGUCUUGUCUAUUAAAGCAAGUCACAACAGUUCAGUCAUCAAUUUUGGACAAUGCAGAUGGUAAAAUAAGUGUUCAUCUUUAUUGCGUAGGUGUGAAGAUACAUUAGUUAAUGACUAACUUUUUGCCAAGUACCUUAUCUGAGCUGUUCUUGUUGCUGUUGUCUUUCACUGCACCGUUAGGGUAUGAAGGCUCUGUUGGACUGAUUAAUUAGUGUAGUACAGUGUAGCAUGGCAUGUAUUUCACAUUUUCAAUGUUCGACCUUACAUAUUCCACUUUUAUAUCUGCAGAGUCAGAUUGAGUUGGCUGAGCUCUAAAGGCUGUCAUAUGCUCAAUGUUGUCAUGCCUGCACUUUAUUCAGGUUUUAGUUAGAUUUCCUUUUUAUAGUUGCGUUUCAGUUUCACUGCUUUAUUGUGAUGCCUAAACGGGAGGGGGGAAAAGGCAAAUCAACAAUUUUGUCAACUUUUCCUUCCUGUCGGGUUUAGUUUGAAACAACCAUUUAGAUAACCUGUCAGACCUGUCAACUUGUAGCAUCGUUAAUUUAUUUAUGAUACACAAAAUGCUUUGAGUUUAGGGGGUAAGUUCUACCUCGUUUAGAUUUUAGUUGUCCUCCAUGCCCCCUGCUCUCAAUGCAAUGCUCUGUAUAUUUUCGGAUACAUUCAUGAGCAUACAAUAAGAUUUUUCAUUCUCAGCCUGCUGAGUUGAACAGUAAUGAAUGUAUCACUGGACACUUUACACAACCCAGAAUGGUCAGUACUCUGUAGGCCCCUGCUGUACAUUCCUUUAUUGAUAUGCAUUUGCCAAAUUGUGCCUUUCUUUAGCAAACAUGUCAGAACUGCUUUCAGGUUGUCUCUACAAUUCAAGUAAUGUUGAGCCAAUUUGGCAUGUUUACAAUGUAAAUGUUUUUGUUUUUCCAAUGUUUCCUUCACCUUAAAUGUUUUCUGAUUUUGAAAAAUAAAAUCAGGGUGACCUUUUUCAA